AUGACAUCGUCGGACUUGCGGUCGUUGGAAGCGCUGAUGAAUGAGUUCUUUCACUCGUCGACCACUAAUGACAGGAAACGAGAGAUUGAAGUGAUUUUGAAUGAGUUCUCCAAACGCGACAACUCUUGGGAUGAAUGUCUGCAAUACUUGAGCCAAACGGACAAUGAGUACACUUUGAUGUACUGCCUGUCCGUCUUGGAGAACGUGAUUGUCAUGCGAUGGCAGUCGAUGGGGGCCCUCAAGAGUGACAAACGGACGGCUGUUUGGAACUACUUGUUGGCGAACAACCAAUCGAUGGCCCAAUACUUGAGGAAUAAGACGGCGAAGUUGUUGGUGACGAUCGCGCGCAUGGAUUGGCCCAACAGUUACCCCGAUUUCAUGCAGAAUGUCUUGGAUUUGCUGCCAUCGCGAGCCACCACUCCAUUGGGUGUCCUGUUGCUGAAGACCACGAUCGAGGAGUUGAGUCAAUCUCGUGAUGACGUCUGCGCCCAACGGAAGGCAGAGCUCAACAAACUCUUGGAGUCGGAAAUGCCUAACAUUUGGAUGUCUUUGACGAAUCUAAUGGAACUCAUACUCGACAAACACUGCAACUUCUUGACCGCAACGCCUCCCCCUUCGCCCUCUCAGAGCCCUAAUUCAGACUCAAACCCGUCUCUCAACAAAGACGUCUUAUGCAAUGCCUUUGAAUUAAGUCUUCGCAGAGGACUUCUGCAGACAAUUCCAGACAUGGACUCGGAAUCAAUUCAGAUAUCGUCGGAAGUGUUGAUAUGUUUGUCGCAAUUGUUUGCUUUCAUGCCAUUAAGUCUUUGCUAUCAAAUAAGUCACUCGACAUUAGCGGCGGUCUUCGUGUUCGCCACCUUCGGGUGCAACCACUCGGUGGCCGCGAGUUGUCAUAAACAGAGUUCCACUCAAUUGGCAGUUCUGGCCAUGAAUUGCAUCAACGAAUUGAUAGCCAAGUGUUCAACGAAUAGCGAAACAAAUGAAUUCAUUUACAAUAUGUUUCAAAACACAUUCCACUUAUUGAGGAAAUUGACGAAAACUAAUGAAAUGAAUGGUCAGACGAAUGGCUCGCCCUUCUCGAGCUUCGACGAGGAAUAUAUGAGUAAAUUCACGGAAUUUCUCAGAUUUUUCAUUAGCGGACAUUUGCCGCGAUUCGAGAAAAUGCCCACAUUUCCUAUAAUGGAGUUCUUGGGACUCGUGUUUGAGUAUACAUUCAAACAAACCAAUUGUGAUUCGUUUCUCUCAGCCCUAGAGCUCUGGAAUAUAUUCGUUGAUUACCUGAGCGUCAAAAUCAAGCAACAAAACGAUGAGAAACAAGUGAACCUAAUCGUCGGUACCUAUAAAGAGCCGAUUGUGUCUCUAUUAGUGCAGUUGAGUCGAAAGAUUGAGUUUAAGUACAAUGCGAGAGAUUUAGACAAAUUAGAUAACGAGAGCUUAGACGACGACUUCUUGACUGAAUGGCAACAUUAUUCACACAAUUGUAUUGAAGUGAUGGCAAACAUAGCGGAUAUAUAUCCGUUGGAAUGCUAUGAAAUUGUCAGUGAAUUCCAUAACCAGAACUUGCAGUCGUUUUUUGGUUUAGAGCACUGCUUGGAAACCAAUCAAAACAGUGAGACAAUUGGUCUGCAGUUAUCGGAAACAGAUGUGUAUAGACUUCACUGCACUUUACGUGAUUUGUCGACCUCUUUGCGACUCGUGGGCCGUUUGGCCGAUCACUUCACGAGUGAGAACUUUAACCGUUGGUUCGUUUCGACCAAAUCGUUGAUCGAAAAGCUAAUCCAAGCCUUAAUUUUCUUCAAUAAACACAAAUUCCAUAAACAGAAACACCUCUCAAAUGAAUUCAUCGAUGUUUGCGCUCAACUCAUGGCAACCAUCAAAGCCUAUAGUCAUUGGUUGCAGAAGUUCUGCAACGAAGACCAGACAAGCAAUGAGAGUGUUGUCAUCAUAUCAGCCAUCGUUGAGAACUGUAUCCAAAUAUUAUGUGAUAAUAACAACGACACGAAUCAGAUGAUGAGUCACAGCGCCGGACACCUACUCUAUUCGGUGUCCACUACUGUGCGACCAAUUUAUCUCUUGACUCUGGAAUGCGUCCAAAUGUUGUUCACCAAAGUCUGUGCUCUCGUCCGAUGCCAUAACACAUCCAAUGGCUUCGAGACGAACGCCUUUCCAAGCAUUUGUGUUGAGGACGAGAAGAUUAUAUGCCGUUUCAUAUCUAAUAUAAUUUUGCUUCCGUGGCUUAACCUCAACAACGACUCCUCGCAGAACUGGGAGUCGAGGACAGUAUAUCACGACAUGUUUGUUGAGGCCAUUGUCGAGCCCUUCAAGUGCACCAAUACCCCCAUCAAUGGAUCGCAAACACUGAAUACUACACAACUGUGCCAUUCGUUGGCUCUCUUGAGUGAUAUCGUGGACAACCAUAAGGAGUCUCCGACGCGAACCAAACAGUUACUCCUGAAGAGCAUUCAGAGCUCUUUGGAGUCGUUCAUCAAUUUAUUUCCCACUUAUUUCACGAAUGCUAUGAUUGCCGAGAAUUGUCUCAAUUUGUUUAUUAUAGUCUUCGAUGUCCUGCGAAUUCAAAUCAAUUUCCAAUUCGUUGAGAAAACUAUUCAAUUAAUGCUUAAACUUUUCUCGACUAAUCAGUCAAAUGGUAUGACCUGUGAACCCCUCUCUACAAAAGUGAUCCCGAAGUUUUUGAAAAUGUUAACACUCAUUGUCCAGCAGCCGGGAACUGCUUACAAGUCUCUGUUGCCCGGAAUGAUUAGCUUUGCUUUCGAUCGGAUCUGCCCGACGAUCGCAAACACCGAUUGUCCGCAACUGAAGCGAUCUUUAUAUGAAUUUCUCUUUCAAUUGCUUUUAAACAAUUGGAAGUAUUUCUAUCCAAACAAUGCCAUCAGUGGUAAUGCAUUCAAUACAGUGACGAAUAGCCAACAGAAGCCGGAAGUGUUGCAGAACGCGGACGCAUUCGUGCAGAUAAUGAAUAUCUUCGCGCAAUCAUUCCUCGAGAACGACAUAACAGUUUUCAAACAUAAUUUGGAUGCCUUAGAGAUCCUCAACACUCGCCUCAAAUUAUAUCAAAAGGAGAUUUUCAAGCAAACUAUGAUUAAACCGUUUCUCUCUCUAUUCAUUCAGACAUUAUGUGACAAAUCUCUUAAUUUACUUCAAGACGACAUCUACGCCAUUGUCUUCAACAUGGCUUCUGUCGAUUUUCCUCACUUUUUUAAUGUAUUUAUUCCACAAUAUCUCUACAAUUGUGAACGACUUAAUGAUUUACAGCGAAACAGUUUAGCCACCAAAUACUUGGAUCCCAAUCACCACGACUUUCCCUGA